AUGUCAGAAGAAGUAGUCUUACUGGUAACGGCGCUGUCGGCCCUCGGAGGCUACAUCAACUUCGCCUUCCUGAAAGCCACGAAACGGACGGCGUUGAUCCCGAAACCCGCCAAAAAACUGCUCCGUUUCGUCUCCUCCCUACAGAUUGUUCUCUGCUGCUGCAAUGUUGUCUCCGGUUUGUUUUUUUUUCCCCAUUUCUACAAAUAAAUUCAGCUGUCUACGAGGCUGAGGGGGAGUCUCGGAACUUACCCGGAAAAAAAAUAUCCUCUUUGAAAUGUCAAAAAAGUAUCACUUGCAGCUGUUCACAAGUUUGAGUCGGAAAAAAUUUCACUAUUCAGGUGAUAAAUAACGUAAAAUUGCUUUUUCUCGUGCUAUAUUUAUCGAGGCUUUUUGAUCCGAUGAUGUAUUUAGAUUCAGAAAAAAGGCUUUGAAGCGUAGCUGGUCUUGAAACGAAUAGUUUGAUUCCUACAUUAAUCUGGUGAUGUUUAAAAAUACUGUACUUACCAGGAAAUGAACGAAAUUUCCUUUAGAGCAGUUUCCACUCUCCAAGUGCAGAGUUUUCACUUAAGUGACAUUUUUUAUAACAGCAAUUUGAAGACUUCAAAAAAAUGCGUCAUAACUAUUGACUCUUUCCUUUUUAGUCAAGUUUUAGACAAAAAAUGAGGCCUUUCUCAACGCUCUAGUCAUGUAGCUCGAGGUUUGAACCAUCUCGGACUUUAUUAACGCGAAACGUUUCUAGUGAGCACUUUAGUAGCGUCAGCGCUCUUAAGUGAUCCCUAGAAUUGCCCAGAAUCGAUCGUUUUGUGUUACCUAUGUCCGUGCUUGCAGUAGAGAAAAAGUGGGGUCUUUGAGGUUUCAUAGCUUUAUUGAAACACAAAAGUCGCUCUUUUUGAGGACGUUUGGAACAGACUGUCCAAGUUUCAUCGAAUUCUGAUAUCAUAGCACCUUUCUAGUGUACUCGCCGAGGGAUUUUCUGAGGAAAAAAUUGCGGAUCAGGUAUUCCCAGGUUAGAUUACUUCAAAAAAUGAAGAAUUGUCGGCUGAGCGCCAUAGAGAACCUAGAAAAGGCAUCUGAGAAUAUAGACCGCGACUAGAAAGUUUUCGAGUGUCUGCGUCUCUCUUUUCCCUCACCGUCGAGGUCACAGAAACGCGAAAAUAGCGCUUCAACAAGGGAGAGUCGUCGAGAGACGAGGAGGGCCCAGAGAAGUUUCAAGUCGCUAAAAACAGACCUGCGUUAGAAGUUUAGCUCAGAAGGUGUCCGUCUUGAAGACUUCUAAAAAAAAUCGUGAAAAAUGAAUCGAUUACAGUGGUUGGCCGAUGGCGGCUCGGCAACCCACCGUUGACGACAUGCUACGUGGUGGUCUUGGAAGGAUGCCAAGCGGCCGUCUUCUGGAUUCUUGUAGAUCGCCUCGUCUUCUGCACCUCACGCAACGCCCGCGAAAAAUCUUCCGGCACCUAUUAUUUCUUCAUCCGAGUGGGUUACUUUUUCUCUACUGAAGCAAAGAAUAUGUAUUUUUGUUCUGCUCCCUUUAUCAAGCUUUCUUCAAAUUUUCAAGGUUCAGGAAAGGGAAAAAGAGGCUGAAGAGUCAAUAUUAGCUUACAAAAGGGCGCAAAAAGGUAGCAAAAUGGAACCUUUUCCAACCUGUUUUCAGGAACAGUUAACGCGAUGUUGUAUGGUCUUUCAUCUGAUUUUGCCUUUGUUAGAGAAUAGUUGGUUCACAUCUUAACUCACUCCAAAUUAGGAAUGAUUUUAAUGGUCACUUAAGGGGCCCCUUGUAGGUUCACCAGUGUCUUUUGCGCAUUUGGAGACUGGAAUGAAUGAGGCUUUUUUCAUCACAAUCUGUUCAUUUUCUGUCUGAUUUUGGAACAAUACUUAAGGAUUUUAGAGCGGUCCCUAUAGGGGUUGGAGAGGAAAACAACCUCUAUAAAGGUUGCAAAGUGCUCCCUCGAGGGGAACUUUCGAGAACACCUAAGGUUGUCCCUAUAGGGACCACUCUGGAGUUGCUAAAUAUUUUCUGUCUGCGCCCUCUUUCCCCUCACCGGCGAGGUCAGAGAAACAUGGAAAUAUCGCGCCAACAAGAGAAAGUCGUCGAGAGACGAGGAGGGCGCAGAGAAGUCAAAAUUUUCAAAUAGCGAGAAAUGGACCAUCGUUUUGAAUAGAAAGCUUUGAAGAGAAUUGUCUUUAGUAUGAAAAAAAAGAUUCAAGAAGAAGGAAUUCAGAUGGUGGUCGUGGUCCACUGCAUCAUAGCCGCCUGGGCUUUGAUGUACUUUCACCAUACUUUGACCGAAAGCGAUCAGCAUUAUUUCGGCAAUUUUUGGUUCGAUAUUUAUCACGGUGGUCUUCUCCUCGCUGGCUUUGUUGUGAGUUUUACAAUUUUGCAAUUUUUUUUUGGAAAAGCAGAAAGAAAAUGAUAGGAACAGAUGUGUUGAGUUUUGAAAGAAAAAGGUCUUUUUUUGAAUGAUAAUUGAGUUUGAAAUAAGGUCUUUCACACUGUAUAAUGAUGAUUUUUGAUUAAAAAAAUUUGAGCGACUGAAAAUUCGAUGAAAAUUCGAUUCCUUAGGACGGCUUUUUCUUUUUAUUUCAAAAAAACCAAAAAUUUUUAGCCUCGGCCAAGUUUUGUAAUCAAUUGUGCUCCACGGAUAAAAAUGAAAACUUUCUCGUAUUUUUCAUUUUUUUCAUUUUUUUCUCUAGUCUUGUUAAGAUCGCUUUCAAAUUUUUUUAUUAAAAAAAAUUUAAGCAAACGGCUGAAAAUUCGAUGAAAAAUUCGACUUCUUAAGACGGUUUUCAUGAAGGAAUUUAAAAAAAUCGAAAGAUUUUGACCUCGGCGAAGUUUCGUGAACAAUUGCGCUCCACGGACAAAAAAAUGAAAAACUUUUUUUCAUAUUUUUUUAUUUUUUUCUCUAGUCUGGUUAAAAAAAUAAGUUUAUUAUUUUUUUCUGAACUCAAUAGAAAAUUUUCGAUCUAAAAUUUGAACAAAAAAGUGCACGAAAAAUCAUAAUUUCGCUCAAAAUCACUCAUUCAGAUCCUAAUAGUGAUGGGACGGAUAAUUUCUCAAGCCGAGCAGAGGGCCAAGCUUCUGGGUGGUCUCAAAAACGACGCCCGGAUCCAGAGUUUCCGCUCCCAGGGACUUUUUCUCAAACGUUCCUGCUUGCCGCUGUUCUUCUGCUGGGCGACUAUUCUGGGUCAUCAGACACUUUUCAGGCUUCUGCCUGACUUUGGUGAGUUUUGAAAAAAAAAAAAUCAUGAUUUUUGCACUUAUUGGAAGCUCAGGCGAAGCCGAGAGAGGCAUUAGGAAGGAGGUGGGAAAAUAAUUAGAAGCUAGAAAGUCUUGAAAAGGCCUCUGGAAAUCGUUCAGCAGGUAAUUGGAAGGUCCUUAAAAGCUGAAAAUUAGAAAAUUCCGGGAAGGCUUUCGACAGGUAUUUAAGGGGUCUUGGGAAGCUGUUGGAAGCCUUUUUCCAUCUGCUUGGGACCUUCCAAACGCCUUCCAAGCAACAAAAAGCGGAAGCCUCCCAACACCUUUUUAGUACCUUCCAAACAAUUUCCCAGGAUUUACCUGAGUAGCUAGGAAACGCAAAGUUGGAGAGUAAAUUUCUGAUUUUUUUAAUCGAUUUCAUGGCACGGCGUUCCCAAAGUGUGACGUCAAAAAAAAAUAUUUGGCGCGAAAUUUGCACCCUCAAGUACGCAGCCAAAUGGGGAGUACGGUAUUCUUCAUGCCGUUGAAUACUCAGUUACGAUAGGUAGCUGUGACGUCACAGUCCUUUUAUCCGAAGCGCGCACUUACUUUUUUUUAAUUUCGGAAGCUUUGCUCACCUUCCCUCACCGCAUUAGGAAUGCCAUGUAUGGCGUAUUAAAAUCGUAAAAGUCUGAAAAAAGAUAGAACAGGCCUACAACAAAAAACAGUACCUCGUGGUCUUUUUCCACCUCUUCUACGUCCUUACCAUAUGAUUUUCGUAAAAUGAAACGAUUUGGUUGGAUUCGAUCUUUUGAAAAUAGGACAGUAAACAGCGCUUCACACACGGUUUUCGAAAUAUUUUUGCAAAAUUUACGUUUUUGCAGAUGAACCAACCAGAAUUACGUUGGACGGCGUUGUUGCCAGUAUUCCACCGCUGUAUUUCCCACUUUCCAUUGUCAUUUUCGACAGGAAUUUGAAAGGUUUGAAAAAAGCUUUGAAAAGAAGUGAAAAUGGAGUUUCAGGCGACUUUUUCUCCAAUCUGUUGAUCUGUCGGAAGACGAGGAACGCUCACAAACAGAGCAAAGUUCAGGUCAUCACCACGAGGCAAGUUCUUAUUUUCUAGCUUUUUUUUGGUCCUACGAAAAAUCACGGGGUUUUAUGGGGGUUCAAAAAUUCAUUUACAGUGUAAAAUAUUCAUUUUUGGCUUACUGUAGACAAUAGUUGUGUAUACAGACGACUUGAGCCUUCGAAAAAUGGGUCCUCACACGGUAAAAAUGAGAGACUGCCUGCUUGGUGGAGAGCGCAGACAGUGUCACUUCGUUGAGUUUUUCAAUCUACCGGAUAUAUAAAUUUACUUCAAUAAUGAAAUUCGUUUAUUAAAAACAAAAUUUUUUUGGCUAUUAAAGGCGCAUGGUGCCUGCAAAAAUGAGAAAUUAUCGGGCGCCAAAAUUAUUGAAGUUUUACGUUUUAAAGUUCAGUGAAUGGAAAAAUACUGAACAAGGAUUCUGAAAAAUCAAAGUUUAAUAUGGUCCAUUGACAGCAGCUUUUCGGGUUAUUCAAGGCUCGAAAUGGAUUAAAAUUGCUUGAAUCUCUUCAAGACAAGAUUUUUUAAAUUCUGCCCUUUAUUUUUCUGAAAAUCCAUGGUUUGAAAAAUAUUUUCCUUCUGACAAAGUUUCCGUUAGAGCUUUUUCACUUCAUCACACUCAUUGUUCACUAAAUAGACACCCAAAAUUGAUUUUUUUAAACAAUAAACUUUUUAUUAUCUUUUUGCAGAGAGUCACAAGAAUCGAUCAUCGCCAACCUGAAGAUGAUCGGCAUCCUCAGCGAGUUCGAAGGCGCGGCCCCAGAAACGACGACGACAUCGUCGAUUCCGCCGCCGUCGCGCGGCUCCAGGGGCUCCGUUUCGGCGACGCUCAGACCCAAACCCAACCGAGUUCCCGUCAUCGUCAAGCCCGUCAGCGUCGCUUGAAGUCUUUUAUUUGCGAUACCUUUUGUUUUUUCUUCAUUCGAAUCGAUUUCUAAAGAAACAUUCAACGCAUUUUAUGAGUCAUAAAAUUUUGUUGUAACUUUGAAUUUUAAUCGUAUGUUUAUACGUGAAAGAUUGUUGUAACUGCGAAUUUUUCAUCGCCUUUGAAAUUUUUAAAUAACUCCAGGAAAAAAACUUUCAAUUGUACUCGGAAUUAUAUAUUAUAUUGAAAGCUCUAAAAAUAACUAUUGAAUCAAAAACAGUUGAAAAUUUCAAAAUUAAAAAGAGAAAAUGAAAAAAAUUUUCAAGUGAAGUUUUACGUUACCCUUUGGAGCACACAUUCCCUUCAUCGCCAUUUUUUUGACAUUUUUUUCUUUUUUUCAAACUUCUGUUUUUGUUUAUUUCAUAUGCUUUUAUUGUUAUUUUGCUCAAUCAAAGCUUUUUCAUACGUAGUUUAAGUCAUUGUUCAUUCUCGUCAUAUGUUUUUUUUUCAUUUAUUUUUUCUACAAUUUUAAUGUCAAACUUUGAUUUCUCAUCUGGGAACUUUUAUUUUUGUCAGAGGAUUGAAGAAAAACAUCUUUUUCUCAGUUUAUUUUCAGUCUGUUUGUGUGAAAUCUGUAAUUUGCAAACCUGUAUUUAUCACCGAUUUUUUUCCCUCGAAAGAAAACUCUGAUGUGUGAUGUUCGUACUUUUUCCAAUAUAUCAGCUGCAAACAGAUAGGAAUGGCCUAAUCGCAUUGUGAGAAAAAACGGGCCACACAUUUCGCUGUUUUUGACCCCAGCCUCUCUGGCCGCUGUAAAACCACGCGAUUUUGUUUCCCCCCGUUCGUUUCUUUAUUCUAUUUGUUUAUUUUUCUUUUUUUCUUUUUUUGAACUUUCUCGCGAAUUUAUUUUGAAUCAAUAAUGAAUUAUAUUUUUAGUUUGUGAAUUGCAACACGGAAAGAGUCGUUUUCUCUAAAACAUGGAAAAGAACCUUUUUUUAUAUUUUGCAGUUACUGUAGACGAUGUUCCUGCAUGCACUCCGACGUAAUUACCGUAAACAAAAUUUACGCAAAAGUUUUUUUCGGUUGUUUUCGUUUUUUCUUCCUGUUUUACUUUGUGUUUCAUUCGUGUUCAUUUUAAUAAUGCCAAUGGAAAAACUUGAUAUUAUUUUUGGGGCUGCAUAGAAGUGUUUUUCAAGAAUUGAAAACAAGAAAAACUACGACGUUGAGGAUAAUCGCCUCAUCUUUUUAAUGGAUAAAAAGAUUCUUUUUUAUGCAGCUAUUUUGGAUGGUUAUUUUUCUUUGAAAUUAUAGGAAAUUUUCGGCAUUCAAUCCACUAAUGAAAUCAAUGAUAAUUAAAAUUUACUUGGAAACGGCAGUUUUUUGAACUUUUUUCUUUUCUCCCCAUGUUUGCGCAGCAGAUUUGUUUCCUCGUGAACUGUUUGACUUUCAGACGUUGCCUCUCUAUCAGGCGUCGAAAUGAAGUAUCUGAAGAAGCUUGUUUCAACGUCGAGUGGUGUUAAAUUACUCCUAAAGAGGUUUAUUUUAAAUUUUCGAAUUUUCAAAAUGAAAGUUUUUUUGAUCUUUCGUGCCCGGCGUGAAGAUUGAUAAUCGUUUGGCGGUUCCGAAACUCGGAGUGAACCCUCCAGUGGUCAGCGCCGAUGAAGCCGUCUCGUUUAUUCAAUCUAGUGAGUGAAAUUUGACAGAAAAGGUAGUUUUUUCGGUAAAAGGUGGCUAGAGAAAUUGAAGAAAGCGGAACUUUUAAGCGGUAGUAAAUUUAAUUUUUAGAUUUGUAAAUCAUAAGCUGUUGAUUUCUUAUCGAGUUUGCAUUGAAAAAGACAUUUUCAUCUUAUUUGGGGUUACUGUAGAGUUGAGUAGUGCAUACACGCCCGCGCACACGGCGGUAAAUGAAUUUACGAAAUUUUUUGUUCUUUUCAAUAUUUUGAAGUUUUCAAAAAGUUAUUUAACAAAUUUUUCGCUAUUACAAGCUCAUCUCUUCUGUUGCGAUUUCGAAACUUCUUGAUAAAAACUUCUCCCUUUUCACAUCUCUCUUCACUUUUUCUAAAAAAUGUUAUACCUAAUUCGCUGUUAUUUUGUGCGGUUCAUCUACUAGAAAGUUCAAAACUUCAAUUCUGCUUUUUUUUUCAUUCCUAGUUGCUCUCACUUGGAACCGAAUAAUGCACUUUAGCUCAUUAAUUCUCGCGAAAAUAGGCAGCCAAUCUACGUCAGCAGAGGCUAAUUGGUUGGACUGCUGGUGGCGCUCCUGUUUUGAGCGUUAUUUUAUUCAUUUUGAGAAGAUUUCCGUUGUUUUGAAAUGAGGACGUCACUAUGGGGAUGAGGAUGAGUUGAGUAUAGGGAUUUGAAAAUUGCAUUUUGGAGUAAACUGGGAUCAGAAAUUUGUUUUUGAAGUUUAUAUUUUUAUUUAAUAACAUGCGGCAACAAUAUUAACCAAUUUAUCAGCUACCAAAAUUUAAAAUAGGCAUGAAACGUAUUUUUGUCGUUUUUUUGUCUAACAAUAUUUUUCUUUUUAUCAAGUUUUUUUAAAGCUCAUUUCUAAUAAGGAUCGUUGACAUCAUUACGAAUAUUUUUAGUCUCACGGGCUCAGAUCGGGCUAAAAAAAGUAUACUGAAGGUUUCAGAAUAGAUAUUUUAGUUUCUUGGGCUCAAAUAGGUCUAAAAAGUAUACUGGAGGCUUCAGAAUUGAUAUUUUAAUCUCACAGGCUCGAAUCGGGCUAAAAAGUAUACUGGAGGUCUCACAAUUAAUCAUUUAGUCUCACGGGCUCUGAUUAAGCUUUUAAGCUUUAAAAAAAGGAAAAGUACACUUGAGGUCUCACAACGAUUAUUUCAGUCUCAUGGGCUCAGAUAGGGCUAAAAAGUAUACCGGAGGUUUCACAAAGAAUAUUUCAGGCUCUCGGGCGAAAAUAGGGCUAAAAAGUAUACUGGAGUCUUCAGAAUGGAUUUUUUAGUCUCUCGGGCUCAGAUAGGGCUAAAAAGUAUACUGGUGGUCUCACAAUAGAUUUUUUUAGUCUCUCGGGCUCAGAUAGGGCUAAAAAGUAUACUUGAGGUCUCACGAUGAAUAUUUUAGUCCCACGGGCUCAGAUAGGGCUAAAAAGUAUACUGCAGUUUUCAGAAUGGAUUUUUUAGUCUCUCGGGCUCUGAUUAAGCUUUUAAGCUUUAAAAAAAGGAAAAGUACACUUGAGGUCUCACAACGAUUAUUUCAGUCUCAUGGGCUCAGAUAGGGCUAAAAAGUAUACCGGAGGUUUCACAAAGAAUAUUUCAGGCUCUCGGGCGAAAAUAGGGCUAAAAAGUAUACUGGAGUCUUCAGAAUGGAUUUUUUAGUCUCUCGGGCUCAGAUAGGGCUAAAAAGUAUACUGGUGGUCUCACAAUAGAUUAUUUUAGUCUCUCGGGCUCAGAUAGGGCUAAAAAGUAUGCUAGAAGUCUCACGAUGAAUAUUUUAGUCCCACGGGCUCAGAUAGGGCUAAAAAGUAUACUGCAGUUUUCAGAAUGGAUUUUUUAGUCUCUCGGGCUCAGAUAGGGCUAAAAAGUAUUCUGGAGGUCUCAGAAUCGAUUCUUUAGUUUCUCGGGCUCAAAUAGGGCUAAAAAGUAUCCUGGAAAAUAGAUCUUUUAGUAAAAAUCCUCGAUCCAUUUUGAGAGGUUAUCUCGUGGAUUAUGGUAGACUCCCGAUUCAAUUCAAUUCAAUUUAUUCAGUCUUCAGAGUAAGAUGAAGAAAAUCUCUGCUGAAUCAUGGUAUAAUCGAAGAGUUAGUCGUAGGCGCGGGUUACGGUCUACAAUCGUUGUCCAAUUCGUCCCGGAGUGACAGCUAGCGUUGGGAAAUAAUGUGGGCCCGCUGGUAGUGCCAGCGAAUAAACUGCUUCACCAUGCUUCACUCCCGAUUCGCUUUCGGAAAAAAUAGAUCACGACAAAGGAUUCAGACACGGACGUCUACAUUCACAACCACGCGGCAACGCCAACGGAGCUGCUCCAGGCGUUGUGUCGCCGCGUCGACGACGCCGACCUCAGCGACAUCCGCACCACUCACAUUAUUCUCGCCGGAGAGCUCCCCUUCACUGCUGCCAAGUACCAUGGUUCCAAUAAGAAAACUCCCCCGGUUUCCUAGCCUGAAAAGCGAAAAUUCAGGCCGGAUCCGAGCGAAUCCCCUGUUCAUUUGUGCCGGAACUCGCAAAUCGGUGAAUGAAGGUGAUUAUCCCUCAAAAUAAAGUCAGAACUUUCAAUUUUUGGGCCAUGCUGACUACACGACAAUGUUCCUGUCGGACGUCCCGAAAGCGUAUCUCAGUGGGAAAAUCAACGUCGACGUCGCCCUGAUCACCGUCUCGCCGCCAGGUCUUCUGAAGGCGUGUUUGACGUCGGACUUGACCGGAUUCAGAUGAACGGGGCUUUUGCUCGAUGGGAGUUGACGUCGAUUGCUCGCUGGCUGCCGCCACCAGCGCCAAGCACAUCAUUGGUAAGAUCGGAAGGAUCCUUCAAGGGCCCUUUGAGCGCCCGUUUUGGAAGCAAAAGGUUUCCUUUUUUCUGCCUUUUUCCGUUCUUUCAUCGGCCUUCAUCCACCCUUUUUGGACCCUUUUGAGAAACACAACAUUUUUCAAAUUGAGAAUAAUUUUUACCAGUGACUGUGUAUGCACAAAAAUGGGCUACAGUAAUACAAUCGGAAAGCUUCAAUGGCUUUCAGUACCCUUUUUUCACCCUUUUUUGAGGCAGAAGCCAAGAAAGAAAGGCUCAAUAAAGGCCGCAAAACGGAACCCUUUUAGCGCCCAUUUUGCACCCGUUUUACGCACUUUGGAAUUUUUUUUCUCUACUUUCUCUCAUGCAACUUUUACAAGUCAAAUAUUCAAGGCUUUUUUUUAAAAAUGUAUUUUUUGUGCUUCUGGAAUUCAAGGACGGUUUUCUAUGGAUUUUUCCAGCCCUGGUCAACCCAUCAAUGCCCCGAACUUUGGGCCAUUCAAUAGUCCAUCAAUCGAACUUCAAAUGUCUCGUCAAGACCGAAAGGCCGAUUUAUGCGAGAUCCUCUGUCGAAGAGCCGAAUGACGUGACUCCGGAAAUGGCCUGAAACUUUUGAAGCUUGAAUUUUGAGGUCGAGAAGCGGAUUGGAAAAAUCAUCGCAGAGAACUUGGUCGACAACGGGGCGACCUUGCAGCUUGGUAAUUUUUAUUGAUUUUUCUGAUUUUACAAGCAUUGAAGAUUCAGCAGAAUAUACUUUUUGAAAUUUUUCUCUUUCUCAAUUUUUCCAAGCAAAGACCUCCCUAGUGACCUCUUAAGGGAUCGGCGCGAUUCCCGACUCGGCGCUUCUGGCGAUGAACGGCCACAAGAACCUCGGCGUCCACACGGAGAUGUUCAGCGACGGCGUCAUCGAGCUCAUGGACAAGGGCGUCAUCAACAACUCCCAGAAGUCGUUCAUGCCUGGAAAAGUUUGAAGCCCGCCUUUUAGGAACCUAUUUUAUUCACAGGUGAACCCUGAAGAGUUCCCUUGCUAUGAGAAAAAACAAGGCUUGGGAACUCCAAAGUGGUCCCUGUAGGGGCAGUAUUAGGGGUCCUCGAUGAUUUCUCUAUAGACCACUUUACCUCCCUCUAUAGGGGCCACUAAAGCUGCAGAAGUGGCCUCCAUAGGGGUAUUUUAUUCACAGGUGAACCCUGAAGAGUUCACUUGGGCCUAAGCUAUGAGAAAAGACAAUGCUUAGGAACUCCAGAGUGACCCUUAUAGAGGAAGCCUGAGGGGCCCUCGAAGGUUCCUUUUUAGGGACCAAUUUACCUUCCUCUAUAGGGGCCACUAAACCUGCAGAAGUGGCCUCUAUAGGGGUAUUUUAUUCGCAGGUGAACCCUGAAGAGUUCCCUUGGGCCUAAGGUUUGAGUUAGGAACUCCAAAGUGGUCCCUGUAGGGACAGUAUUAGGGGUCCUCGAUGAUUUCUCUAGGGACCACUUUACCUCCCUCUACAGGGGUCACUAAAACUUGUAAAAUUGGUCACUAUAGGGGUUUUAGUGGCCUAUGCGAAAAUACAAUAGAUUAGCGUCAGUUGAGUGGAAAAUACAAACAGAGAAUGAAUUAAUCAAGUUUUUUUUUCGAUUUUUGAAUCGGAAAAUAAAUUUAGAAGUCCCUAUAGAGGCACUUUUUGACCCCUAACCCCUAUAGAGACCACUCAGGUCUUCCUAAGUACACUUUAGAUCAAUUGAGUUUUUGGUGAAUACAUACUCGCAUGCUGAGCAGGGUAAUCCCGCCGUGCUAACACGGGGUCUCAGCGGGUGCCCCCGUAUUAAACUUGUAAAAGCCCAGCUGAUAGAACUUUUGGCAAUUUUUAGCCCAACUGAGACCCCGCUUUAGCACAGCUGGGUUACAUAUUUUUCUUACACCCGUUGUUCCCCCGUUUUAGCCCAACUGAGACUAAAAUAACCUCAGAAACACGGGUUUAAUACGGGUACACCCGUUGAGACACCUGAUCAGCAUGCGAGUAGAUAUGGAAAACUCGUUUAGGGCCGUAGAUAUACUGGUAGAUCAUGGAUCGAAUUUUGGCCUUUCCGAUGAAAAAUUCCGAUUUUUCAGGUGGUUUCCUGUUUCGCCUUCGGAACGCGCAAGUUCUACGAGACUGUCAACGAGAAUCCGGAAUUUUGUGCGAUUUUGAAGUCAUUUAUUGAAAAUUUAUGAACAUAUGCCUUGAAAGUUGAAGGCCUAUUUUUAGAUCCCAAAAUCAAAAGGAAUUUCAUAGUGAUCCCUAUAGGGAUUAUAUGUCAAGGUGGUACCUAUAGGGAUUUAGGGUGUGACCCCUUAGCCCCUAAAGCUCAAGUGGUCCCUGUAGGGGUCUUCCAAUUUUAUUUGAAAAACGCUUAUUUAGUUAGUUUUUCGCAUGGUAUUCGCAUAGAGUUCAUAAAAUUUAACGACUAGCAUGUCCCUACAGGGACCACUUUCAAGCGUUACGAGUUCUCUAUAGGUGAUGGUAAAGUGGUCCCUAGAAGCGAGCCUUCCAGAGUCUCUAUGGUCGCCCCUCUAGGGACCACUCUGAAGUUAUUAAGAUGUCGAAAAAGUUCAAUUUUUACCCUCUAACAUUUUUUCAAGAAGUCUUCUUAAGAUAUUGAAUAAAUUGACAGAUUUCGCUCCCUGCGACUUCACCAACAACAUCGACGUCAUCAGGGCUAACAGCAAAAUGACGAGUAUCAAUUCCUGCUUGGAGAUUGACCUGACCGGCCAAAUCGCUUCUGACGCCAUCGGCCCAACUUUUUUCUCGGGUGAGAGCUCGGGAACGCCGUGGUCGCACGGGGAAUAGCCUUCUUUUUCUCAUGCUUCCGCGCGCAAGUCGUUUUGGGUCGGAUGGUCGUGCAGUCUUUUCGGGUGGAGCCAUUCCACGUGCGACUAUAGUGACCAAAUUGUUGAACUUAAGUUUUCUAUAAGUCUUAGCACUUUUUAAAGCCGUGGUCGCGCGUGGAAUGACCUCCUCUUUUUCUUAUGCUCCCGCGCGCAAGUCGUUUCGGGUCGGGUGUGUCAAUAUUUAUAGAAGUCUCAGCAUUUUAUGAAGCCGUAACUGCAUGAGGAAUGGCUCCGAGUGUAGUUCAGCAGCUUGCUCUAACUGUUUCUUAUGCUUCCGCGCGCAAGUCGUUUCGGGUCGGAUACGUCUUUCCAAGCUGUCUUCUCGCGUAGAGCCAUUCCACGUGCGACCAUUUUGUUAAAACGAAAAGGUCUAUAAGUCCCCGCUCUUUUUGAAACUGUGGUCGCAUGAGGAAUGGCUCCGAUUGAAACUCAGCAACUUGUCCGAACCCUUUCUUGUGCUCUCUCGCGUAAGUCGUUUCGUGUCGGACGGGUCUUGCAGUCGUUUUGGGUAGAGCAAUUUCACGUGCCACCAUGGGCUUCUAAAUUGUUUAACUUAAGAUUUUUAUAUGCACUUUUUGAAGCCGUGGUGGCAUGAGGAAUGGCUCCGAGUGUAGUUCAGCAGCUUUCUCUAACCCUUUCUUAUGCUCUGCGCGCAAGUCGUUUCGGGUCGGAUUUGUCUUUCCAAGUAGUCUUUUCGCGUAGAGCCAUUCCACGUGCGACCAUGGUUACCAUAUAGCUCAAAAUAGGAAUUUAAAGGGUCAGAGCUCAUCUGCUCCUUAAAAUGUUCAAAAAACCGUUUCUAUAAGAUAGUUUUGUCCAGGCUUCGGAGGGCAAGUAGACUUCAUGACGGCGACUCCUCUGGCCCAUGAUGGCCUGGGAAAAGCCGUGAUCGCGAUGCCUUCGAGGACCACCAAAGGCAAGACGAAAAUCGUGCCUUUCCUCUCGCAGGUUUGAUUUUUUUUUUUUCUGCUUCUUAUCGUCCAGCUAAUAUUUUACGUAUCCCUUGAAACUGUCUGACCUGUCUGUGCCCUCUUUUCUCUCAAAGGUCUUGAAAACAGGGAAAUAGCACGAGAGAAGAUUACACGAAGAAAUCAGAUUUUUCUAAGUUUUGAGAAUAGGAUUUGUUUUUUUUUUAGUGUUCCGAUUUCAAAUCCCACACGUAAGUCCGUUUUUCGCGACUUGAAAGGACGGGGUAUCUCUGCGCCCUCCUUAUCUCUCAACGUCUCUCUCGUGUUUACGUGAUGUUUUUAUUUUUCUCUGACCUCGCCGGUGAGAGAACAGAGAGACGCAGACACGCGAAAACUCAGUCGCAAACUCAGUCGCGGUAGACUAUGAUUUGCAUUUCGUGAUUUCUUUUUUCGACGAAAACAGCCAUUAGCAUUGUUUUAGCUCAACUUCUCUAUGGAAGUCCUAACUUUCCAAAAACCUCAUCUAGAUACGUUACAACAGCUAUUUAUACCUAAAACUAGGUUGGAAGAGUCGUUAACUGCUUUUUUCUAGAUUAUUUCUAAAAGUAUCAUUCAAUUUUCAGGGCUCCGGUGUUGUAACCACUCGAGGGCACGCCCGCUACGUCGCCACGGAGCAUGGCAUCGCCGAACUCUGGGGCAAGAGCAUGCGGCAGCGGGCCUUCGAACUCAUCCAGAUCGCCCAUGCCGACGACCGCGAGCAGCUCGAAAAAGACGCCUUCCAACGUCUGAAAUGCAUGCCCUCUCCCUGA